AUGCAAGAUCUGUGGCUAGAUAGAGUGUCAUGGGAUGAACAAUUGUCACCAUCACUCAUUCACAAAUGGACUGGAUACCGCGAGGAUCUUCGAAACAUCGAAUCCAUCCGCAUUCCACGCUGGAAUAAUAUAGCACCUGGAGCAACUAUGGAAUUGCACGGGUUCUCAGACGCUUCGCAAAACGCUAUGGCUGCCGCUGUUUAUUUGAGAGUCACUGACGCUGAUGGGAACACAAAGGUCUCACUUCUGUGUUCAAAAACGCAAGUAGCACCGCUGAAGACCAUGACAAUCCCACGCUUGGAAUUAUCUGCCGCAUGGUUGCUAACACAACUGAUACUUCAUGUUAAAGAAGUUCAGUCGCUUGAAAAUGUCAGGAUCAAUCUCUGGACUGACUCCGCCGUGACUCUCGCAUGGAUUAAAAGUCCAGCAAUCCGCUGGAAGACAUUCGUCCGCAAUAGAGUGGGAAAAAUCCAAGAAACGCUUCGAGAUGUCUCCUGGAAAUUUAUUCCAGGAAAACAAAACCCCGCUGACUGCGCUUCAAGAGGUAUACCUACGCUAAAACUGAAACAACACGCUCUCUGGUGGCAUGGACCAACUUGGCUUCAUGAACCAGAAUCCUCUUGGCCCACUCUGGAGCCUCCAACCGACAACGCAACGCAUCGAGAAGAACGCCAAGGUCUGACACUAGUAACUUGGAAAGCAGAAAAUUGCCUGCUCCAACAAUUACUGUCGCAUUACACGCAGCUGUUUCCACUGCUACGGAAGCUUAGCAUCUGGCAUCGUGCCAUCGACCGCUUUAAAAGAGUUCCACAAUCUUCGCUGGCCUACCCGCUUACUCCAUCAGACCUGGAGCGCGCUAAAUUGACCUUGAUUAAGUUCACUCAAGGACAAUACUUCGCUAGAGAGAUUCACACGCUACAAGAUGGUGAUGGUCUGCCUAAAAAUAACAGCAUCACUAAGCUGACUCCGUUCAUCGACCAUCAGGGGUCCUGA